UCGUUCAUUUCGCGUUUACUAUAUUAAGCUUGCAAAUGCAAUCGCAAAGUUACUGAAGCUGUAGAAAAUAUUUCGCGUCCAGAUGGAUCAAAACAGGAAGACACGAAAAAAGAGUAAAAUUUUCUUUUUGCUAAAUGUUCUGCUGGAGGCAGUCGCCAUUGUUGCUGUUGUAUAUUGUACACUCUUUUCCGAUUGUGUGCUGGGCAAUGAAGUCGGAGGCGCAGCGUUCAUAUUCUUAUUAUUCAUAUUUUCCGCCUUCAUACCGGAUUUGUUUUAUCUUAUGCUUUCGCCCAAAUUGCAUACUUUGGGCAUUGAUCCGCUGGGUGUCAUGUUUAAUUUUUUAAUGGGCGCCUUGUGUUUCUUAAUUGGCAUAAGUCUUAUAAUGGUAAUGCUAUUCUUCUGUGGCAACUACACCCAAUUCAUAUUGGUGAUAGCUGGUGCGUUGAGCGUUUGCUCGGGAGUAUUUCAUUUAAUGAAUGCGUUUAUGUGCCAUAAAAGGUUGCCCAAGUCGGAAAGGUACUACAAGCAGCGUCAUUGUAAAGGAGCGAAGGCGCAAAAGCCUGAUAAAAAGGAAAAGAAAGUCCGUAAAAAGGGGGUUCAAGAAGAGGUAAAGAAGGGUGAUAAAAAAGAUGGCCAGAAGAAGAGCAAAAAAGGCGAUAAGAAAGACUCAGACAAGAAAGGCUCAGAUAAGAAAGAGUCAGCAAAGAAAAAGGGAGACAAGAAAGGGUCAGACAAGAAAGAUUCAGAUAAGAAAAAGGGAGACAAGAAAGAAUCAGCUAAGAAAAAGCGAGACAAGAAUGAGGCAGAUAAGAAAGCGCCAGCCAAGAAAAAGGGAGACAAGAAAGGACCAGACGAGAAAGCCGCUAAGAAGAAAGGAAAGACAGCUAAGACCGACGAAUGUGCCAAAAAAACUGGCAGAAAAUAAGAAAAUCCAAAGUUUUAUGUCGCAUAACCAAAA